AUGAACAAGGCUCCGGUCCGAGAGAUCGACAUCGACUUCAGCGGCGAUGUGGUCACCUGUGCGGCCGAAGGCAUCUUCCCGGCUCCGACGCUCACCUGGUCUACAGAUCCUCCGGCUGACGCUCAACUCCUCCAGAACAAAACAAAGGCCCAGAAAAACAAAUACGGCUUCUACGACAUCCAGAGUUCACUGAGGCUGACAGGGAACAUCACCACAAAUCAUACUUAUGUUUGUAGUAUAACCAGUGACAGCAACAGAAAAACUGCUUUUCUGAAAGCAUCAGUCCUGGCCUCUGCAGGCAGCAGUGUGAAGAUUUCCUGCAGUUUGCCUCGCACCGUCCCUCAGAGCUUUAACGUCACCUGGAGGUUCGGACGCUCGCAUCCCAUCGUAUCGAUCAGUGUGGUGGAUCAUAGGUCGCAGGCGAAGGUCUGGGAUCAGUGGAAGCCUCAUGUCAUCACAAACUUCUCAGCAUCAGGCGGCCUGCAUCUGCACAGCCUGAAGUCAGAGCAUCAGGGAGCCUACACCUGUGAGGUCAACACACCUGAGGAAAUGUACGUCACCUGGACUGACGUCACAGUGACUGAAGAAUCAAAAACAUUCACCUACAUCACGGUCAUCGCUGGACUGAGUUAUUUCCUGUUUUUGUCAUAUGUGACACUGGGGAUUCUCGGCUACAGAAUCAGACAGUUAGAGAGCGCCAGACGACAGGAGGAACAAACUGAUGGAACCUCUGUGAGUUUGACUGAAGCAGUGUUUAUGGGGUUAAUGUGUCGUAUCUAUCAUUAAUUAUACUGUGACUGUGUAUCUUUAUAUUUCAGAAUAACAUUUUGAUUUUACUCUGUUAACAUAUGAACUGUUGGAAACUUUGUUGUGUGUCAUUUUAUGUAAAAUAAAAUUUGCUGUUUAACCGUUAAAUCUCCUGCUUCACUACUUGUCUUUGACACAAACCUUUCAUGGUGAUUAUUCCUAUAGAUUUGAGGGGGUCAUGUCACGUUUUCUGUGUAACUUUUCAACAUCUAAAAUAUCAGUUUCAGCUUCACAAAUCAAACCCAGUAUUAGUCGGGCUCUGUGUCUUCACAAGUGUCUGAAGAGGAGCUGAAACAACUCAUCAGAAUUUAAUACGCUGCCGGCAAUCUGUUCAGACCAGUCAGACAACACAGGCUGCCAACGCAUGAACAUUAUGCCUCUGCAGAG